AUGAUCAUUAUACUUUAGGGAAAAAAAGUAAAGUCAAAUAAAGUGUUAAGACUUAAAAUUAUCAAAAUUAUUCAAAGGAACAUUUAUCAAAUAAUUCAUGAGAAUCAUAAAGGAAAACUAAAUUAAAAUAGAUUUGAGAACUUUACCAAGGGCAAGAAGAAAAUAGAAAAUAUAGUUUAAGAAAUUGAAAAAGAAAAAGAAAGUCCUGAAGAUGGGACUCAAAUAAGAGAGAGUGAGACAAUCGGAAAGUUUGCAAAGUCAACACUUGACCCAAAGUAUUUUGAAAAAGAAAAGAGAGCUCCAAAAAAGAAAUUUUUGAAAACUCAACCUCUUAAAGAAAAGAAUAAAACUGAUGAAAUUUAAAUAAAAUAGUCCUCCAUUUAAACAGUAGUUGAGUCACGUCUUAAUGUUCACACAGAUAAUAUUUCAAGCAAUUUGAUAAGUUUAUUAAGUGUUGAAAAAUUAGACUCAGCAAGGUCUUAUAUUCCUUUGGGAAAGGAUGUAGAAUUUUCAAUUCAACCAAACCAACCAGGUAAUUUAGGUGCCUAGUGCUUUGCAAAAAAGAAAUGCCAAUUCAUUAUGAAAAUUAACAGGACUAUCAUUUAAGCAUCUGAUGGCUAUAAUUAUCGGUGCAGCAAUCGAGAUUGUAGGUCAAGAGCAUGCAUUAGAGAGGGUACACUUUUUAAGAUUUCUAAACUCACUAUAAUGGAGAUUGCUCGUCUAAUAUUUCAUUACUAUGUUAGAACUUAUAACGCUGCAUAAGCACAUUCCGAAUUAAGGGAAAUGGUAAAUGAAAAAAUAAAUCCAUAUGGAGUACCCGGAAACAAGUUCAAACAUGAAGAUGAUGUUUAUAGAUUAAAUUACAAAGCUGUUUUUACGAUGUAUAAGCAUGCUAGGCAGCAAAUACACAUAUGGACAUAAAAUUUGUACAGAAAAACUAAAUUAGGAAAAUUUGGAAGAACGGUGGAAAUUGAUGAGUCCGUUUUUUCACAUGAAUAAAGAGAUGGUAAAAAUGAAAAAGUGUGGGUUUUAGGAUUUUAUGAGAGAUAAACCAAAGAAGCUCGAGCUAUUAAGGUUAAAGAUCGAUCAGAAGAAACAUUGACUUAAGUUAUUCUAGAAAACGUUGAAGAAGGAGCAGAAAUUUAUACAGAUUUUUGGAGAGGCUAUAACAGCUUAAAAACUUAUUACACUCAUAGAGUUGUAAAUAAAGCUAUGAAAGGGUAUGGAACUUCUGAAUUCCAAACUACAAACCAUGUAGAGUGUUUAUGUUUGAUGGUUAAAACUUUAUGGAGACUACAAAUGAACUUGAUUAAAAUGAUGACAUUUUUUAAGAUUAUGAUUUAAAUCCAAUUGAAAAUAAGGAGAAUGAAUUAAGGAAUCCAUUUGUUGGCAUUAAAACUUAGAAAGAAAUUGACUCAGAUGAAGAAGGAGUUUUUAAUAUGA